CCCAUCCUCACUGGAUAUCUUCUUCUCUCUACUCGCCGUGAAGGUGGCUAACUCGGAUUGAGUUGACUCGUUCCCUCGUUUGAUAGGCAACAAUGGCGCACAUGGAUCGGACACGCGCUUUCGUCGACGACGUUAAGCGUAUCGUCGUCAAGGUGGGUACUGCUGUUGUUACUGGAAAAGGUGGAAGAUUGGCGCUUGGACGAUUAGGAGCACUUUGUGAAGAGCUUGCGGGAUUAAACGCUGAUGGAUAUGAGGUCAUUUUGGUGUCAUCUGGCGCGGUUGGGCUCGGUCGCCAGAGGCUUCGAUACAGACAAUUAGUCAACAGCAGCUUCGCAGAUCUCCAAAAACCUCAAGAGGAGCUCGAUGGGAAGGCUUGUGCAGGUGUUGGACAAAGCAGCCUCAUGGCUUAUUUCGAGACUAUGUUUGACCAGUUGGACGUGACAGCAGCUCAACUUUUGGUGACGGAUAGCAGUUUUAGAGAUAAGGAAUUCAGGAAGCAGCUUAAUGAAACAGUUCAAUCUAUGUUCCGGUUGAAGGUUAUUCCAAUUUUCAAUGAGAAUGAUGCAAUAAGUACUCGAAGAGCCCCCUAUGAGGAUUCUUCUGGUAUAUUCUGGGAUAAUGACAGCUUAGCUGCUCUACUGGCUCUGGAGCUGAAAGCUGAUCUUCUGGUUCUUCUGAGUGAUGUAGAAGGUCUUUACACAGGCCCCCCAAGUGAUCCUAAUUCAAAGUUAAUCCACACGUACAUUAAGGAGAAACAUCAGAAGGAGAUUACAUUUGGUGACAAGUCCAGGGUGGGAAGAGGAGGUAUGACUGCAAAAGUUAAAGCUGCAGUUAAUGCAGCUUACGCAGGCAUUCCCGUCAUUAUAACCAGUGGAUAUGCAGCUCACAACAUAGGUAGAGUUCUCAGAGGGCAGCGAAUUGGUACCUUGUUCCAUCAAGAUGCUCAUUUGUGGGGCCCGGUCGCUGAUGUUGGUGCUCGGGAUAUGGCAGUUGCUGCAAGGGAAAGUUCCAGAAAGCUUCAGGCCUUAUCUUCAGAAGAUAGGAAGAAAAUUCUAUUUGACAUCGCCAAUGCUCUUGAAGCAAAGGAGGGAGCAAUUACGGCUGAGAAUGGUUUAGAUGUAGCUGCAGCUCAAGAGGCUGGAUAUGACGAGUCAAUGGUGGCUCGCUUAGUUCUGAAACCUGGAAAGAUCUCUAGCCUUGCAGCAUCAAUUCGUAAGCUAGCGGAAAUGGAAGAUCCAAUCGGCCAUAUUCUGAAGAAAACUGAGGUUGCAGAUGGGCUUGUUUUGGAGAAGACUUCAUGCCCCUUGGGUGUUCUCCUGAUUGUUUUUGAAUCACGACCCGAUGCACUUGUACAGAUAGCUUCGCUUGCAAUCCGAAGUGGAAAUGGUCUUUUACUGAAGGGUGGAAAGGAGGCUCGGCGGUCGAAUGCUAUCUUACACAAGGUGAUCACUGAAGCAAUCCCGGAAAGUGUUGGCGGUAAACUCAUAGGACUUGUGACAUCAAGAGAGGAGAUUCCUGAUUUGCUCAAGCUUGAUGACGUUAUUGAUCUUGUGAUCCCAAGAGGCAGCAACAAGCUUGUUUCCCAGAUCAAGAACUCAACAAAAAUCCCUGUUCUAGGGCACGCUGAUGGAAUCUGUCAUGUAUAUGUAGACAAGUCCUGCCGCGUGGAUAUGGCAAAGCGCGUUGUUUCAGAUGCAAAGCUUGACUAUCCAGCAGCUUGUAAUGCCAUGGAAACCCUUCUUAUGCAUAAAGAUUUAGUGGAGAAUGGCGUGCUCAACGAGCUUGUUUUUCUUCUGCAAACCAGUGGCGUCACUCUGUAUGGUGGACCAAGGGCAAGUGGUUUGCUGAACAUCCCGGAAGCAAGAUCUUUUCAUCACGAGUACUCUUCUAAGGCUUGCACUGUCGAAGUUGUGGAGGACGUGUAUGAUGCCAUAGACCAUAUUCACCGACAUGGAAGUGGACACACGGAUUGCAUAGUGACAGAAGAUGGUGAAGUAGCGGAGGUGUUCCUCCGCCAAGUGGAUAGUGCUGCAGUUUUCCACAACGCGAGCACAAGAUUCUCGGAUGGAUUUCGAUUUGGGCUUGGGGCCGAGGUGGGGAUAAGCACAAGCAGGAUACAUGCUCGUGGUCCAGUCGGAGUCGAAGGAUUAUUGACUACACGAUGGAUAAUGAGAGGAAAGGGCCAAGUGGUCGAUGGAGACAAAGGAGUGGUUUACACCCACAAGGACCUCCCCAUCCAAUCUUAAGAGAUUUAUAAAAAAAUAAAAAAGGAGACACGAAGAAGAGAGAAACUAUGGAAGAGAGAACCACCCACUAUGGUUUGGUAUGCUAUUAUAUAAUCAGAUACCAUACAUUGGACAUUAUCAUUAUUAUUAUGUGCUGGUGGUUUUUUUUUGGGUUUAGGGUUUAGUUUCCUUAGGGUUUACGGCAGGGAAUAAGAAUGGAGAUGGCAUUUUUCUUGUUCCUCCUCCCGGUGGUUCUUUUAUCAUAGUUUCAUAGGCUUUUUAAUUAGCUCUUCUCCAUCUCCUUUGUAAAACUCGAAUCAAACGUCAUUCAGUCCUAUGUUUUUUUAUCUAUAGAUUUUGACGGAUUGAUUUCGUCUGGCAAUUAUAUG